CAACAGUAACAGUUUCCUGAGCUCACCUAAUGGCCGCUCCAUUUGUCCCUACAGCCCCCAAUCUUGCCGGCGGGCUGAUUGACCCAACAAAACAAGCUGAAUACCCAAUCCUCCUUGGAGAUAAGCUGGCUGGAAAGCCGUCUUCGAGGGAUACCCAAUUCAUCAAUAUAGCUUACAACUACAAGCCUAAAGGCGCUACACCGCGGCAGAAGACGACGAUCACAUCCACCGAUACACCAGAUAUUUACAAGCUGACUAUACAAGAUAAAGCUGGUAAUGCAGAACGGUCAGAUCUGACGUACAUUUACCAUGGCGGUGUUGAUCCCAUAUCCUCGGUGCCCGAGUCGGAAUCGAGCAAUUUGGUGCUGGUUUUCGAUCCGAAACGGAAGGCAUUUAUUCUCGAGCCGGUCUCGACGAAGGUGAAUUUUAACCUACGCUCCGCACCGGGGAAAACAGAAAAACAAGUUUUGGACCAAUAUGGCCAGCUUGAGGUUUUACCAAAGAAUGAAGGGAUUUCGGGAGAUGACGGAGACGGGAACAAGGACGAUGACGAUACACUGGAGGUGGCCGAUGAGGACAAUCCUUAUGACUACAGACAUUUUCUUCCCAAGAAAGAGGCCAAGAGCGAAAGGAGGGCCGAAGUGCCUUCGUCUGAAACCACUCCUGAUCCCGUUUCCGAGAAGCAUUCAACAUGCCCUGCAAUAUCAUCUGUGUCUUCCGUGAAGGCCAAUCCGAGGCCUCUCCCGAAAACCAAGCCGCAGAUCAGUCCACUACGACCUCAGAUAAAACGAGUCACUAAAUCAGCUAUGGCCAAAGCUGGAAGCCCAGCCAAGGCUAAAUCUAAACCAACCCCCCGCGUUGAUGCCGGCAAUCUUGUCAAUGAAUCGCCUCCGCCAGAAGAAGAACCCAAAUCAGCAUCACCCACCGCACCUACAGCGCCUAACAGCAAUAUAGUAGUUGAUGGAGAUCUGAUAAUUGACUGGGGUUCUCCUCCUCCCGAGCGACCGAAGAUCAAGCUGAAUCCUCGCGAUUUCGCUUCGGGCAAUACGUCCGCCAAUGAGGGAGGUUACGGCAGUGGCAACAAUGAAGGUGAUGAAGAUAUUCGUUCGCCAUCCCCACCGAGACUCGCCGUUAGCCGAGCAUGGCAAAAGCGCCCUCCGCAACAACAGGACGAAGAGGAUGAGGAAGAGGAGGAAGAAGAAGUGAGCGAUGAGGAUGAUAAUGAAAGUGAACAGGAAGCAAACGAUGAUGAGCCUGACGAUGAUGGCCUGGAAGCUGAAAUGGAGGCGGCAUUUGUGCGGGAGCAAGAGGAAGAAGAGAGAGCCAGAAACUUACUAUUACAGCAGCAGCAGCGCCAUAUCGUCAGUGACGAAGAGAGCGAAGUUAGCGAAGAAGAGUAAGCAUACCUGAGGGUAUGGGAUCCCUUCCUCGGCAGCAGGUCAGUUUUCUUGGAGUGUGAUGGAAUUCUACAAAGGAUUAUAUGUUGAUGACUUUUAUGCGACAAAUACCCUGGUUGGUUCAAUAAAUCUUGUAUGUAUGAUAGCGUUAGGC